AGAAACCUGCUGUAAACUACGAGGGGAAACAACAAUAAAUACAGCGAGGCUGAUAUGAGAUCAUCCACGUUGUUGAGAGAGAGGGAGCCGCGCUCGAUGGGAAAGUGAAGAAGCCGCGGGGUUUUAUUUAAAGCGAAGACAAUCACUUCGACUCAAUGUGGCGCAAAGUGCUUCAUUUCGUUCUUUAUUUUGAGUGGGAUAUGCCAGCGCUAAACGGCGGAAUAACGUGGUUAGGGUUGAAACUUGUUUAAAUUAGCCAUGGUGGCUUUUGUUGUUUGGGUGUGUCGCCUGUCAUGAGCAAUCAGUAUCUGCUAAAACUGAGGAGAGCUCGUUUUAAUUGCGACGAGGAGGGAUAUAGCCAAGCACUUAACAGCAGAACAUCGACUGAAGGAGGGGGGAGAGAUACGCAUUUCAGGCCAUUGUGCUGGAAUUCAUCUGGAAGCACAGUUUUCACAAUGGAAAAGACACCACCACACAGUAAAGAAGAUGACAUCAGUCCCAUAGAUGACCACGAUGAAUCAAGGUGGUCAGAGGCAGUCAAGAGUGUCGACUCCCCACAGACGGACAGCGGGCCCAGCAUGUACAGGGACACAUCAUCAGACGAGCUGUUGGAGGUGGGGGGUCGAGUGAGGCUCUACUCAGAGUCCCAAGUGUACAACAUCAACCGCUGGGAGGACAAUGAGAACCAGGAUAGCGCUUCAGCAGAGGACGGUGGUGUCGGUGACGGAGCACCAUUCCGAGGCCGAUCCCAGUCAGCUCCUGCUGCGCUAUGGAAAGCCAAGAAAUAUGGACGGCAGUUGAGGAGGAUGAGCGAUGAGUUUGACACCUGGUUGGACAAAGGGGACUUAAGAAGAACAACUGGCCCUGGGAGGCAUACCAACCGAGGAUGGUUCUCUUUCCUCUGGGGUACCAAAGAAGAGGAGGGAAGAGAAUAAAAAGACACAACACACCAGCAAGACAGUUAUAAAGAAGAGAGGAUAUGGAGAAAGAUGAAGUAACAAUCAGCAAGAUGGAGGCUGGUCAUGUUUGUCACCAGUAUGGCCUUUUCAUCCAAGUGCUCAACCAAACUAGCCCUUAUAAAAACACACACACAACUUAUAAAUGUGAACACAAGAAGGUGCUACACCACUUUUGACCACUGCAAUACCUAAUGUUACUUCAAUUUGACAAUCCUAAGUGACAAUCUGUCAGUCAGUCAUGGACGACACUGGACAAUCUCAAAUGAGUCUAAACAAAAUUCCAAUUUAAGGAUUCUUUAUUAAUCUGUACCCUUUUAAAUUAUUUAUUUGGUAAGAAAUGUGAUAUAUUGUUCUAUGAUGUCAUUUAUGAAUUAACAUAUAGAUGUUAAAUCCUUUGUGUCUUUCUAAACAUUUGAGGAAUUUGUCAGCGAAAUGUAAAUCUAGACGAAGAAACCUGUGAAUGAAGUAAUAAGUUGUGGUGGUUAAUAAUGAUGCGGGUAUUGUUCUCAUUCACUAAAGUCCGUCUCAGGGUUGUUUUUUAAUUUAUUUGAAUUAUUUAUUUAUUUAAACUGUGGACAUCAAUCACUUGUGCUGAACAUAUAUUAAGACAUCAACAGGAGCCCUGGGUGAAAAGUAUGUGUCGAUUAUAGUUCAUGCUAUUAUUAGUUUUGUAUGCCACUUUCUUCCCUUUGUGUAUAUAUGUAUAUUGCCUGAUAGCAGAACUGUAUGUUGUUCAUAGCCUUUUAUAUGCAGAGCACUGGCCUUUAGCAGUCUGGUUAAAAUUGCCUUGUAUGCUGAAGAAAUACAGUUCCUGACACAUCAUUGGUUCAGCAGAUCGCUGCAGAUGGACAAACUCUGUUUGCCAUAGUCUUACAGCUAUCGGGCAUUUUGCUAAUACCUUACUUGAAAGUUUUUUUUUUUUUCAUAAGCUUUUUAAACAUUUAUACUUCUUGACAUAUAUUGUGCUUCAGAUGAAUUGUUUGUACAAUACUUUGUUGAAUGCUCAAUAAUUAUUUGGCAACAAUAAAUGGAUUUUUGGCUUUUGAUGUUUUUACAAGC